CCACUUCGUGUGUUUCUUUCAUUCUUCAGAAAACUAAGAAUAUGCAAAGAAUUUAUAGAGAGAGAAUUUCUAGAGAGAGAAAUCGGAAACACUCGCACAGAGAGAGAAAAUCGAUACCCUAGCUUUCAAUUUUUGCAACAAAUUCUCAAACUAGUUCAUAGAUUCAGAAAAAAGUGAAGUGAAGUGAAUUAGUUUGUGUUUUUUUGUUGUUGUAAUUUUCAGUGGUUUUGGUUUAAAUUAGGGUUUGUGGAAUUGGUGAAUUAGGGUUUUGUAGUUGAAUAGAAGUGUUUGAUUGUGUUUAUUGAUAAUUGGUGAAGUUUUGAAUAGUUUUUUUUUUGUAAAUUUUUCAGUGUUUUGGUUCUGUAAGGUUUGAUUUGAAUUAGGGUUUUUGGAAUUGGUGAAUUAGGGUUUUGUAUUAGAAUUGAGGUUUUUGAUUGUGGUUGUUGAUAAUUGGUGAAGUUUUGAUUGAAGAUUUUGUGAAAAUGAGUGAAGAUAGUGGUUUCUAGGGUUUGGGAUUGUGAGGUUUCAAUGGGGAGUAUGGGUGAACAUGAUAGAAAACGGAGAUUUAGCUCCUUGUCACCUACACCUGCUACUGCUAAGAAGCUACCCUUCUUACCAGUUUCUGAGGACAAAAAGCUUGAUAUUGCUGUACUUCAGUAUCAAAACCAAAAGCUUACACAGAAAUUGGAGACUCAGAAGUUAGAAUAUGCAGCUCUUGAGAAUAAAUUUUCUCAACUGAAGGAGAAGCAGCAGUCAUAUGAUUCUACUUUAGCAGUGGUCAAGAAGUCUUGGGAGCAGCUGGUUAAUGAUUUAGAGUCAUGUUCUGAACAUAUAAGGGAGUCUAGCAGCAAAGUGGAUUCUAGAUUUGCAUCAAGCACAGAUGAUGGUAGUUCGUCUACUGUUCAAGAUGUUUUUCUUAGCCGACUCUUGCAAACUGGUGCAACUGAAAGUUCAUCCUCUUAUCACUUUGCCAACGAGACGGAACAACAUAGAGAAAUUACUGCUGAAAAAGCUAAAAGCAUCUUGAACAAUAUAGUGACAUCUAUUAACAACUUUCAGUGUCUGAAAGAUGGAUUUCAUACUGUACUACUGAAAAAGCUUAGAGGAGAUGUUUCAUGUGGGCAGAUGUUAUCCAAUGAUCUGGAGGUUGAAAGUAAAAACUUGAGAUUGGCAUUAAGUGAACUUCACUUAAAGCACAAGUCUUUAGCAAGUGAUUUCCGAACUCACAGGGAUCUGGAUGCCAAAAAUAAAGCCGAGCUUAAACGGUUAAAAGGGGAACUGGAAAGCACAGUUGCAGAGUUAGAAGAAAGCAAUCAGAAACUUGCAACUCUUAAGGUAGAGAAAGACACAGCCAAAGGGGCAGUUCUCCCAGUAUUAGCUGUUGGGAAUACACUUAUUCCUAAUGAUAAGAUCAAAGACAAACAAAAGGAUUUGCAAGAUAUGGAAUCUACUUUGAAGGAUUUAUUGGACCAAGCUUCAACACGGGCAGUGGAACUGAAAAAUCUUCAUGAGGAAAGAAUAAGGUUAUUACAGCAAUUGUGCGAUCUACAGAACACAUUGAAGAAUUUGAAGUGUAUUACCUCUUCCCAUGCAUUCCAAUUGGUUAGAGAUCAGACAGAAAAAUCAAAAUCUGAAGUGCAGGAGUAUCAGGCCUUAUAUGAGAAACUACAGGCUGAGAAGGAUAGUCUUACAUGGAGGGAGAGGGAGUGGUACAUUAAAAAUGAUUUAGCUGAUCUUUUUCAAAGAUCUGUGGAAGUUUCUGAUCUUAAAGUGGCUGAUAUACGCACUGAGUUACGGAAAACAAUAGAGCAAAGAGAUGUGAUUGAAAAUAAGCUGAAAGAGGAAGCAAGAGAACCAGGAAGGAAAGAAAUUAUUGCUGAAUUUAAAUCUCUUCUUUCUUCAUUUCCUGAGGAAAUGGGGUCCAUGCAAAGCCAACUAAGUAAGUAUAAAGAAUCAGCUUCAGAUAUCCAUUCUUUGCGUGCAGAUGUGCAUUCUAUUUCCAGUAUUCUCGAUCAGAAGGUAAAAGAAUGUGAUGCAUUAUCUGUUAGGUCUGCUGGUCAACUUGCUGAGAUAAAUAGACUGCUUGCUGUGGUUCAAGAUUUACGAGUUACUGAGGAUGAGAUGAAGUUGAUACUGCGAAUGUUUAGACGCGAGACCAUUGAUUCAAGGGAUGUCAUGGAAGCAAGGGAAGCAGAAUACAUAGCAUGGGCACAUGUUCAAACAUUGAAAUCAUCUCUUGAUGAGCACAAUUUAGAACUUCGAGUUAAGACAGCAAAUGAAUCAGAAGCCAGAUCGCAGCAAAAACUUGCUGCGGCUGAAGCUGAGAUUGCAGACAUGAGACAUAACUUAGAUGAUUCUAAAAGGGCGACAUGUAAACAGUCUGAUGUCAUGAGAUCUAAAAAUGAAGAAAAUGAAGCCUACUUAUCUGAAAUAGAGACUAUUGGACAAGCAUAUGAUGACAUGCAAACCCAAAACCAACAUCUGUUGCAUCAGAUUACUGAGAGAGAUGACUACAAUAUUAAGCUUGUUUUAGAAGGUGUAAGGGCUAGACAAAAGCAGGAUUCUUUUAUCAUGGAGAUGCGAUUGAUGGAACAAGAGAUGCAGCAAUCAAAUGUAUCUCUGAAUUUAUACAAUACAAAAGCUGCAAAAAUUGAAGACCAGAUGAGAUUUUGCUCAGAUCAGAUUCAAAAACUUGUGGACAAUAAACUUCAAAGUUCUGUCGAUUUGGAAAAUACACAAAGAAGGCUGUCAGAUAUUAGACCGUCAUCGCAACAGGUUAGGAAUACAGUGGUGGAAGUGCAAUCUAAAAUAACCAGUAGUCGGGUGACUCAUAUGGAGUUACUAGUAGAUCUUGAGAAAGAAAGGUUUGCCAAAAAAAGAGUAGAGAAAGAUCUAGAGGUUGCUAGGAGAAACUUUUCACAUCUUAAAGCACAAGAUGAAGAUUCCUCUGAAACUGAUAAGCUUCAACAGGAACUGGGGGAGUACAGGGAUAUUGUCAAGUGCAGUAUCUGUCGAGACAGGACAAAAGAGGUGGUAAUUACAAAAUGCUAUCACUUGUUCUGCAACUCAUGUAUCCAGAAAAUUGCUGGGAGCCGGCAGCGCAAAUGUCCACAAUGUGGUGCAUGCUUUGGGGCUAAUGAUGUUAAGCCGGUUUAUUUGUAACUACAUUCCAUCAUGCUUUUUGAGAAGACCCCAGUGUUCUUUUGAAAACGAUCUGGUGUAUGGUUCAAUUGUAUGCUCGUGCCAACUGUUGAGAUCAGGAACGUUGGCAGCAGCAAUCAAUGGGUGCCUUUCUCCUUUCAUUUUGGAAAUGAUUCUUUUUGCUGGUACUUCCAAGUUUCAAAGUACCACUUGUACACUUUCGUGAAUGUGAGAUGUUUGGUUUUUUACUUUCAGUGCAAAGAAUUUGAAGCCACACGAAACAUGAUAUUCGUUCUUUGCAGAUUUAUCAUAAUUCUUCUUCCAAUGAGAUUUGGAGAGGCCAAUGAAGGUUGUUCUUUGACUGUACAAUUAAUAUUUCAAACUAUAAAAACCCCGAACUGGCCAUUGAUCAAUAUGUGCCUUGGAAGUUGACUCCUAAGAGUGCAAUGACAAUGUCUUACACUUUAGAUCAACAGUUCUUUUUCCUGCUGCUAUGGCAGAAGUUCAAAUUUUGGCUUCACAGGCUUGUGUUGUACUUGUAUAUAUCUUAGAUUCAUACGAGGUCGUUCAAUUUUGGUUUAUCACAGCCUGUAAUCUGUGUAAUCGUGUAGAUGAUAUGCCAAGAUAUCAUUGUAAUUGAUGUUGUGUUGUAAUCUACGAAUGCCCGAUUUAAUUGAAUUAUAGUUAUUCUUCUAAAUUCUUUCUUA